UCCCUCUCACCAGCCGAUUGAAAGGACCUGGAGCAAUUUUGAGAAGUGACAGACAGUUCGUUCAAUUAGCAUCACUGGAUAUGGUGUUCAUUCUUCUAAACUAGUCAUGAUAUAGCCGCUUGGAUAACAUUCUACACAGAAAGAAAUAAUUCAAGAUGGGGAGUAGACUUAGUGAAGAACCUCUUUUCAUCCCAACACUUGGGAGGCCUUUCCACUUAGGUAUGCUGUAUGACUGCAGAUCUGACCAAAUUUUACAGGGGAUUACAUUAUGGGAUCAACAAACUCUGGAUAGAAUAAAGGAAAAAAAACUUGAAUCAUCUAACAGUAAAAUCAUCACUUCUGAUACCAUUAAAGAUAAGUCUUCUGGACUGGAUGCCAACAUUGGCUUAAAACUUAGCUUUCUUGGAGGGAUGGUGGAUGUGUCUGGCUCUGGGGAAUACCUUGACAACAGAAAAUCUUCAAAUCACGUGGAAAGGGUAACCUUGAAGUUCGAGUGCACAACUAAAACUGAAACAAUGACGAUGAACCAGUUAGGGAAGGGAAAGAUUGAGCACCCAGAAGUUUUUGAUCAUGGUACAGCUACGCAUGUUGUAACUGGGAUUACAUAUGGAGGCAAUGCUUUCUUUGUUUUCGAGAAGGAGCUGUCUUCAAAUUCAUUAGACAAAAAUGUUAAAGGUAAUCUUCAUGCUAUGGUCAAUUCCAUUCCAGACUUAAAGAUUAAUGGGGAAGGAAAGGUUGAUCUAAGUGAAGAUGAGAAAAAGGAAUCUCGGAAAUUUAGCUGCAGUUACUUUGGAGAUUUUAUACUUCGAGAAAACCCAUCGACAUUUGAAGAAGCAGUUCGUCUCUACAAAGAGAUGCCAAAUAUCAUUGGAAAAAAGGGAAAAAAUGCUGUCCCAAUAAGUGCAUGUUUAUAUCCACUUACCAAACUAGACAGUAAGGCUUCUAAACUUGUUAGAGAGAUCAGUGCUGUUCUUGUUAAUGAAACAGAAAAUUAUUUGGAGGAUCUGUAUAAACUGGAUGUGAAAUGCAAUGAUCUUCUGAGAUCAGAAGCAGUUAAUAAAUUUCACGGAAUUAAAGCAGAACUUCAGGAAUUUAAAUCUUUAUUGGCUACUUACAAACUGGUAUUUCAGAGAGAGGUAGCAAAAAUUCUUCCAAGUAUCAGAGGUGGAAACAAAGAGGAGAGUGAGUUAGCAAAUAUAUUGAAAAAAAGGGAUUUCUCUCCAUUUCGAAAUGAAUCUCUCAGGAGAUGGAUGGAAACAAAAGAAAGCCAAGUAAAAAUACUUUUGCAAUACACUUCCUCUCUUCAGCAGAUUGAGUUUAUAUCAGAGCCAGGCGACUUACAGUCAAAGGUGAUGAGUCCUCAUCAUUCACAAGUUCUGUGUUUUUCAAUUUUGAUCCCUAAAUCUGAUUCACAUUUGAUAAACAUGUCAAAAUACCUGAAAGAAGAGACUCUUAACAGUGAUUUGGACUUCACAGCUGGAAAUGCUACAAUCCCACUUAAGAUAAAAGAAAAUGAAAGUUCAAUGAUGGAAAAGGCAAGAUAUUUCAGAGACUUCUUUGAUAAUAAUAAAGAGAACACUGAUGUUAGCUUCCUUGUUGCAGAGGACGUUUCUGAUUCAAAUGAAUUCCAAGCUAAGACAAAGUACUAUAAUAAUGGUAGACUCCUCAAUGAAGACUUUGCAAUACCUUCAGCCCCAAGGAAAGUAAAUGUAAACAAUAUUGCUACUACACAUGAGAGCAUUUUGGUUCAGUGGGAAAAACCCCUUCAUGGUGCAUCAAAUAUCGACCAGUACAAGAUUGUCUGUGAAGACACUACUGGAAAUAAUCCACCUAUUAUUCAGAAUGCAGAUUCUAAUGUUACAAGUCAUUGCAUUCAGGGGCUCAGUCCUGGCUGUGAGUAUAGUGUUAGCAUUCAAAGUGUUUGCCAACUUGGAGUUAGUGUUAAGGGCCAAAUAAGGGGUGCUGUUAAAACAAGGCCAACUAGUCCACCUGGGAAACCUAAGGCCUGGCAGAUAUGUUCUUCAGAAAUAGAGAUUAAGUGGUCAAAGCCGCUUCACAUUGGUUCUCAGUGCACAAGAAUCAAAUAUUUAGUUAAGCAACAAGAAGAAGGGUCUGACUGGAAAGUAGUAAGCUCAUUGCCAUUUGAAAAUCAAUCAAUUAAUAUGUAUGUAAAUCCAAACGUUACCUGUAGGUUCAAGGUUUAUUGUGAGUGUGAACACUGUGGCAAGAGUCUUGGUAGUGAAUUAAGCAAUGAUUUGAAGAUAGAAAUGAAAGAAGAUGAAGUCUAUAAAUCUGAUUUAUGUAGGCAAUCAGUGAAAAUAAUGGAUGGUAAUAUCAAGAUAUAUAAGCCAAAUCUAAAACAUGUUGCAUCUCACGAGAAAUAUAAACUUCAGAAAUAUGAAUUUGGAAAUGAGAAAGAUGCCAUGCCAGAAAAGGUCAUCAUGCUUGUUGGUUCUACUGGAUCAGGUAAAACCACUUUAAUCAAUGGACUAAUUAACUAUGUAUUUGCUGUUAAAUGGGAGGAUACCUUUCGUUUCAAAUUGAUCACCGAGCCAGAAAGCGACAACCAAGCAAAAAGCCAAACUAGUGAAGUAUCAUCGUACACAAUACAUCACCAAGAAGGUUUUAGAAUACCUUAUUCUCUCACAAUCAUUGAUACACCAGGUUUUGGUGACGUUCAAGGCAUAGAAAGAGAUCAGAAAAUUACAGAACAAAUACGCAAAUUUUUCACAACAGGAGGUGUAGGAGGUGUAGACAAAAUUGAUGCAGUUGGUUUUGUUGUUCAGUCAUCUCUUCCAAGACUUACUGCAAUGCAGAUAUACAUUUUUGAUCAAAUACUGUCACUCUUUGGAAAGGAUAUGGCUGAGAACAUAUUCCUGUUACUUACUUUUGCUGAUGGUCAAAAACCUCAAGUCCUUUGUGGCAUUAAAGAAGCAAACAUACCACACAGUAAAAUCUUCAAAUUCAAUAAUUCUGCACUAUAUGCACGUUGCAAAGAACCAGAAAGGGAAGAACAAGAUAGUGGUGAAUUCGAAGACAGUACUUUCGAUACCAUGUUUUGGGAUAUGGGAGAGAAGAGUUUUAUGAAGCUUAUAGAAGCUCUGAACUUGACUCAGAGUAGGAGCCUCACCCUAACUAAAGAGGUUCUUGAGGAACGCCAUCGUCUAGAAGUUACAGUAACUGGCAUCCAGGUAGAUAUUCAGACUGGACUGCAUAAAUUAGAGAAGCUAAGGUGUGAAGUGGAAGUCCUCAAAUCGCAUGAGGCUGAUAUUGACAGGAACAAGAACUUCACCUACACAGUUACUGAAGAGACCUUUGUGAAAGAGCCAAUUCCUGUCGGACAGUUUAUAACAAACUGUCUAGAGUGCCACCGGACUUGCCAUGAAAACUGCGGAAUUGAGAAAGAUACUGAAAAACAGGGUUGCUGGGCGAUUACAGGUGAGAAUUGUCGUAUUUGUCCUAAACAGUGUCAUUGGAAAAUGCAUGGAAAUUUCCCAUACAAAUAUACUUGUAAGCAGGUUGAAGUAACAAAAACUGCAGAGGACCUAAGGCGUCGAUAUGAAGAGGCAAGGGAUAAGAAACUUUCUGCUGAACAACUUGUAAAAGAGGUAGAGGAAGACUUUCAGGCAGUUCAAAUAAAGGUUCUGGGUAUGACAGAAACUGUGAGAAAAUGCCUCAAGAAACUGAAAGAAAUCGCACUAAAACCAAAUCCUCUCUCUACCGUGGAGUACAUAGACAUCCUGAUUGAGUCUGAGAAAUCACAAGCCCAACCAGGAUGGCAGACUCGGGCCAAGCACCUGCAGACUGUCAGGAAAACGGCGGAGGAAAUGAAGAAAAUCGCUGACGAAGGAUAUGACCCUUUCAUGGAGAUAAAGAAAAAGAUAGAAGAGGAGAAAAAACAAAUGAACAGUGGCAAUUGCUCUCAACUCAUGAUUCCCUUUCGGUCUCAAGGCAUGAAGAGCCGUUGGGUUGAAGUCGAGGACUAUCUUAAUAAUAUUUUUAGUUAGAUUGGGACAGUUCUGUUGAGGAUAGACCCUACUGUUUUCUUUAUUUUCCAAUCACCAA